AUGACUUCGCUUCUCCACGCAGAAACCGAAUCGUCUUAUUGCAGGUUUGUUGACGACCCAAACACUGAUUACGAAAAAGAAGGGCUUGGACGUCGUUGCGCUAUCCCCAUGACGAUGGUUGAUAGAGAUGGUUCAAUUCUAUAUGAGACGCCAACCUUUGACCUUCUGUAUGUGAUCAUUUCGGAAAAUGAUACGAAGGCUCUUCAGCAAUAUCUCACGAUUGCACCUUGGGCCGUCUCAAUAGAGCCUAUCCCCUCGGAUGAGCUUUGGGCCAUCCCGAGGCCCCAUCCGCUUUCAGACUAUGGCGGCUCGGAUGGCGGUUUACACGAAAAUUACUUCCUCUAUGCGGCCCGAUGGGGAGGUCUCGGUGUACUCCAAAUGCUUCUGGACCAUUGCACGAAAGGCAGGGAUGUCACUCAACAAAUCAGAUUCAAAUCGGAAAGAUUUGAGUUAUUGACCGAGGCGGCCCAGUGGGGCCAGCUCGAAAUGGUCCAAUUCCUACUCGACAACCAGCCUCGAUACGCCAGCAUCCACGAGCGAGACCCCAACGGUUACACUGCGUUAGCAUCAGCUGCCUCUUACUACGAAUAUGGCCGGCAAUCUUCCAAGGAAGGGGAAGGAGUUACCCCUGCCAAAAGCGAAGCAAUUAUGAAUUUGCUGUUAGAUCGGGGUGCCUGUGCGUCUGAUAUCGCUCUCCCAAUGUAUGGGGAUAAGAAAUUACGUAACACUGUCUUGACCUUAGCUGUAGAGUGGGCAGGCUCGCAGUUAAUCAAGAGACUCAUCGAUGGUGGCGCUGAUGUCUAUGCUAAGGUAACAAGAGGCCCAUGGGAUGAGAGUUUCUGGGAUCAGUAUGGCUCCACUUUCGAAGUCAACGCACUAUAUGUUGCCUGCACGCACGCAAACUUCGAAGCUUUGAAGACUCUUAUUGAUUGCCGAGGUUCUGGGGUUGAUAUGACAGAUGUGAUAUGGGAGCGAGACAGUCGUGGAAGCCUUCCUCUCCACUGGGCGACUCAAAAUGACUUGCCAAGGGAGAUUUAUGGGUACCCAGUAGCGAUCAUUCAAGAGAAGGCACGAAAUAUAGCAAACAUCGUUGAACUUCUCUUAGACUUGGACCCCACAACAAUCAACGUUCCAGAUAACGAUGGAAAUACACCUUUACACUACGCUACCCGGUCAUUGAGUCGACACGACAAGCUAUACACUCCUAUCUUCCAACUCCUAUGCGCUAGGGGUGCGGAUGCCAGCAUACGUAAUAACGAAGGUCAAACGCCUCUACAUACCUUGUUUCGCCUCAAUGAUAAUGGUAGAUCCUUUACCCACAAGACUCCCAUCGACAGAGCUACUAUAUCCACCUUGCUCGCCCACGGUGCAACUCCCACCGACGCCGAUAAUGUCGGGGAUACACCAUUGCAUAUUGCAGCUGCAAAUUUACGUUGGACCGAUGCCGUAUCAUAUCUUCUUCAGCACGGCGCUGAUCCCGCUCGACAAAACUUGAGAGAGGAGACAGCUCUUCACCGGGCUGCUGGUGGUAGUUACAUGGGACGUUACUUUAUGAUCAAAGCGCCGGAAAGGAUUAGAGCACAAGAUGAUAUGCUGGCAAGACUAGUCAAGGCUGGAGGAAUGGAGUUGAUGGACUUGGCAGAUGCGAAGGGAAUGAAUCCAAGAAAGAUAUGCCACAAAACAAGGCAGGAAUGGAAGGAGCUCGAUGGCCCACCAAAGCAAAACGGAUAUGGGAGGGGUCGAGGAAGGGGUCGAGGAGCAGUUCGUAGGAUGCAUAAGAUUUAA